CAUUCAAUUUGUUUUUGAAUUUUGAUCAUUCGAAAAUCGAAUAUUGACGAGGAGUGAAGCGUUGUUUUCAAAAAUGGCGUGGUCUUUUUUGAAAUAUUUUGCCGUUGUUUUCUAUUUAAUAUCGAUUGCUAAUGCACAGCGUACCCCAACAAUAUCACAUAUCACUCAAGAACAGAUAAGAGAUAUUGGAGGACAGGUAGACCUGGACUGCUCUGUCCAUUAUGGUCAAGAUUAUCCUGUACUUUGGGUUAAAUAUGACCGUUUGAAGACAACAGAGUCAUUGCCCCUGUCUACCAGCUCUGGUCUCAUUAUCCGUGACUCCCGGUUCUCCUUGCGUUAUGAUGAUGCCUCGGCUACGUAUACACUUUCUAUCAAAGAUAUCCAAGAGACAGAUGCUGGAUGGUAUCAGUGUCAAGUAAUAAUCACAGUGAGUAGCAUAAUAUCAGCUGAAGUGGAGUUGCAAGUGAGAAGGCCACCAAUCAUCUCUGACAACUCUACUCGGUCUAUUGUCACCAGUGAAGGAGAGAGUACACAAAUGGAAUGCUACUCCGAUGGUUUCCCUCCCCCAAAGAUCUCUUGGCGUCGGGAGAACAACGCCAUCCUACCUACUGGUGGCUCCAUCUACCGUGGCAACAUUCUGAAAAUCCCGAAGGUACACAAGGAAGACCGUGGAACAUACUACUGUGUGGCUGAAAACGGUGUGGGCAAAGGGGCCAGGAGGAACAUUAACUUGGAAGUCGAGUUCGCCCCAGUUGUGACUGUCCCGAGGCCCAGAUUGGGACAGGCUUUACAAUACGACAUGGACUUAGAGUGUCACGUUGAGGCCUACCCUCCACCGGCCAUCACUUGGCUCAAGGAUGAAGUGCUUCUGUCGAACAACCAGCAUUAUAGAAUAUCUCACUUCGCGACCGCAGACGAAUUCACAGACACGACGCUUAGAGUAAUAACUAUUGAGAAGCGGCAAUAUGGAAUGUUCACUUGCAAAGCACAGAACAAGUUGGGAAGGGACGAGGGCAGAGUCGAGUUGUUUGAAACAAUUAUCCCGGUGUGUCCGCCGGCGUGUGGCCAAGCGCGCUACGGAGCUGCAACAUCACUCGCGCCCUCCAUUGAAACGGUCGCUGUUAUGUUCACGGCCUAUGUCCUAUACGCCUUCCGAAUCGCCAAUACCAGACAUUAAUCACGCCGGAUUACGACUGGAUCCGGAGCUCUACGGAACCGGGGUGACCAACAAACAACACAUAUCGUUGACACUUACGCCGCUUCUUUAUGUUUAUAGAUUUUAUCAAUAAAACAGUGUUGCUAGACUAUAAAAAUAGAAAUAUUAGUUUUGAAAAUUCGAAAUACAGAAAUUGCAAAAAAAAAAAAAACAAAAAUACAUUCAAAUUUUAAUUUUAAAAUAAGAAUACUGUAUUUCUUGCAAGGAAAAAAGUGUUGCCAGCAAAAACUAAAGUUUAAAAAUAUUAAUAGAAUAUUGUCUACUUCCAGUGUUGCCAGCGAAUUGCAACAUCUGUAUUUUAAUUUAAUUUUUACAAGCAACAAUAUGCCUUACGAUUCAACGACUUUUAAAAGACAAUAGGACUAAGAGUAGUUUUUGACAAUUUUAAUAUUUCAGUGAAAAUCUAAUUAAGUUUUUACACAAAGAUAUUUAAGGUUUUUUAACCUGCAAUCAAUUUUGUCAAUUUCAAAUCAAAUGUACAAACGAGCUCAAAUCUUAUCAAAUUCGUACAAAUUUUGAGAAUCUCAAUUAUACAAAAUUAUUUACAUUUCUUUAAACUAAAUUUUCUUAGUAAGUAACUUAGUAUGUAAUUUUAUAUUUUUGUAAAUUUAACAUGUAUACACUUAUUUUUACAACGCCUGACGUAAAAUCCAAUUUAAUUUAAACAUUCGACAUAUCCAUAUUUUUUUAUUAUGAAAUCGUGACGAAACAUAUAAAAAAAUAAAUAAAAUGACUUUACUGUUAGUGCAAAAACUCUAGACUCAUUGCUAAGUAUGACUUCCGUAUGUCAUUCCGUUAGUCAUGACAGUUAAUUUUAACAUUAAUGUCUAGAAAUGGUACCAAAACCGAUGUAGUUAUAAAAACUAGCUAACAACGCUUUUGCUGCUAGAUCAAGCGAAAUAUUUUUGCGCUUAAAACAAUUAACGCUUACCAACCUAUAAAGCGCUUUUCUUAAAGCGAAUUGCUUGAAUUUUAUGUUUUGAAUUGACUAAAUCUAGCGCUUUUUUAGAUUCUGCAGCUAAUUUGUAUGAAGGCAAAUCCUACGGGCGACCUCUAAGCCAUUUCUAGUGUCAUAAUCUUAAUAGGUUUUCCUUCUUGUUCUAGAACCCACCAAAUAGUACCAAAUCAUAAAGAAGUUACCAUACUAAAAAAACAGACAUUCCUAAAUGCAUUUAAUAACUUUUUUAGAAGUCAUUCCAAAUUAAUUUUUUAGACUGGUUUAUUCCAUCCAUUUUAUUUUACUUAAUAUUUUAAAAUUAACCUAGAUAUAUUUCGACAUUUUUCGAAUAAAAAUUACUAAUAAACAGCUGUGCUACUCUGUGAGACAUAUCAAUUCCAACUAUUUACACAUUAAAAUUCGAAUGAAGUAUAACAUUGGAAUCGUUAUUUAACUUACAGAGUAAUCUUGCUGAUAUGGAUCUUUUUUAGAAUCAAAUGGACUAAACGUUCUUGCAUUUUCUUAAUUAUUUUGUAAAUUGUGUACUGUAUUUUAUUGUAUUUACCCGGGUUCAUGUAAAAACGUUACGCGAUUAAUAAUAUUUUUUGUUUGCUUAGAAAUUACACGUAACCCUGCUCAAACUCGCGAUCCCUCUAGCAUCGAGUGUCCAUGGGCGGAGGUAUUACUUAACAUCAGGUGAGCCUCCUGCCCGUUUGCCCCCUGUUCUAUAAAAAAAAAUGUGAAAACUGUUAUACUUUUAAUCCCGUACGAAUAUUUUGUAUAAAACUUUAUAUGACAAGUCUAAAAUAAUUGUUAGAAUGGGUAUAGCUUCGGUUAGUUGGCAAAAGAUGCGCAGGAGUCAUUUUAUCUGUACAUGCGCGAACUUUCACCCAAAAUCUAGCGGAGAUAAAGAACUUUUGUAAGCUGAAAAUAGUUCUACCCAAAUCGCGUAAUUGCUAUUUUAACAGUGAUUUGUAACUGUGAAAUUCACUUAUAGCAGUGAUUUUUAUAACUGACAUGAUUUAUCAUAUGAAAUGUUUGCAUGUGUGAGGUUUUAAUAAAGAUUUUUU